AGGAAAGGAGACCUAGGAAACCCCGCCCCUCCUUCCGCCGCAAUCGCGCCGCGCUUCCUCCUCUCCUCCCCCCGCCGCCCCUCUGCUCCGAGGAGGGGGGCUGCGGCGGGGAUCGUGUGUUGUGGCCGCUCUGCACUCGGCUUCCUGUCUCCAUGGUCGUGCCGGUGACGUCCUUCCGGGCGGCUCUUCUUCGUGGCCAUGGGCAAGAGGGGCGGCGCGGGGGUCCCAGGCCCUGCCGCCCGCGGGGUGGCCAGCAGCCCCUUCGAGGUGAAGGUGAACAAGCAGAAGUUCCGCAUCUUGGGCCGGAAGACGAAGCACGACGUGGGGCUGCCGGGCGUCUCGCGCUCCAAGGCCCACCAGAAGCGUAUGAAAACAUUGCUAAAAGAAUACAAAGAAAAGGACAAAUCUAGUGUGUUUAAAGACAAACGGAUAGGAGAAUAUGACACCACCAUAAGUCCAGAGGAAAAAAUGAUGAAGAGAUAUGCUUUGGAACAGCAGAAACACCAUGAGAAGAAGAGCAUCUAUAACCUUAAUGAAGAGGAAGACUUAACCCAUUAUGGCCAGUCUCUGGCAGAUAUUGAGAAACUGAAUGACAUUCUGGAGAGCGACAGUGACAGUGAAGAAACAGGAGCGCUGUCAGCUGAAUUAACUGCAGCUCACUUUGGUGGAGGUGGCGGUCUUCUUCGUAAAAAACCUCUUUCAGGGCAGGAAAAUGAAAAGGAUGAAAAAUGUAAAUCACGGAAGGAACUAAUUGAGGAACUAAUUGCAAAAUCCAAACAGGAAAAGAGAGAGAGACAAGCUCAGAGGGAAAAUACACUAGAACUUACAGAAAAACUUGACAAUGAUUGGAAAGAAAUCCAAGCUUUUCUGUCCCACAAAACUUCCAGGUCAGAGACAAAACCCAAGGUGGAGGAGAAGGUCAAGCCCGAUGAAUACGACAUGAUUGUUCGAGAGCUUGGGUUUGAGAUGAAGGCGCGGCCCUCUGGUAGGAUGAAAACUGAAGAAGAGCUGGCAAAAGAGGAGCAAGAGAAACUUCUCCAGCUAGAGGCAGACAGAUUACGUCGAAUGCAUGGCGAAGAUGAAUCUGAUACCAAAAAGAAACCAAAGCACAUUUCAGCUGAUGAUUUAGCGGAUGGAUUCAUCCUAGAUAAAGAUGACAGACGUCUUCUUUCUUAUAAUGAUGGAAGAUUGAAUCUUGAGGAUGACAGAGAUGAGGAUAUGGAAGGAAGCGCAGCAAGACAAGAAGACAACAGUGAAGAAGAGGAAAGUGAAGAAGAAUCUGAUAGUGAAGCUAAUGCUGUUGGUGGUCUCUCUGAUCUCGAAUCAGAGGAGGGAGGUGUGGAGAAAACCAGAGCAGGUGAAGAAGAGAAAAAGAUAAAUGAAGGGAACAAAAAUAAAUUACAAUCUAAGGAGCCAAACACAAAGAAGAAAGCCACCAGUUUGGAGCUGCCAUAUACAUUUGCCGUUCCAGAAUCCUAUGAACAGCUAAAAGCAUUAUUGUUGGGAAGAGCAAUGGAAGAGCAGCUGCUUGUGAUAGAAAGGAUUCGGAAGUCCAACCAUCCGAGCCUUGCUGUGGAGAACAAAGCAAAGUUAGAGAAACUGUUUGGAUUCCUUCUGGAAUACAUUGUGGAGCUGACAGCAAGGGAGACUCCAGAACUGAAAACAAUCGAUAAGCUGGUCCUGAUCUUGUAUGAUCUUUGCCAGAUGUUCCCUGAAGCUGCAAGUAAUCAAGUGAAACUUGUCCUUCAAGAUGCUGCUCAUGACAUGGAAGAAAUUCUGGAGACGAGAGGCCGUGCGCCAUUUCCAGGACUGGACAUGCUUAUACAUUUGAAAAUCAUUGCCAUACUUUUUCCAACCUCUGAUUACUGGCAUCCUGUGGUAACACCAUCAAUGGUUUACAUGAGCCAGCUCCUUACAAAGUGUCCAUUGACAACCCUGCAAGAUGUCGUUAAAGGAUUGUUUGUUUGCUGUCUCUUCCUGCAAUAUGUAUCUGUGUCUCAAAGAUUCAUCCCUGAACUUGUCAACUUCCUCUUGAGAAUUCUUCACAUGGCUGUGCCCAGCAGAGGAGUCCAAGGUCUAGCUUUGAAGCAUCCUUUUAGGUCACUGGAUAAAAACUUCAACCUCCUUGUGGUCAGUGAGACAGCAGACACAAAGACCUGGCAAAAGCAAAAUCUUCCACUCUGUGUGAUAAUUGGAUCCAAAGAAAAUAGCAGAACAGAAGCAAAUCAUCUCAGGCUGUCCUGCAUAGACCAGUGCCUGGACCUUGUGAAAAGAUGUGCUAUUCUGUAUGGAUCACUCCCGUCCUUCCAGGAAAUAAUGAAGCCCAUCCAAAUAGUGCUCAGUCAGCACAUGCCAGUGAGUGGGUAUCCUGCGCAGUUACAGGAGUUGCAGAACAGCAUUCUAACACAGCUGGAGGCACAAAGGCAACAUUAUCAUCCACUGGUGUGUGAAAAGAAAAAACCAGUGCCAUUGAAGCUGUUCACACCCAAAAUAGUGAAAGUCCUAGAAUUUGGAAGGAAACAAGGAAGCAAUGAGAGAGAGCAGGAAAGAAAGCGUCUGAUCCAUAGGCACAAACGUGAAAUGAAAGGUGCUGUCCGUGAGAUUCGCAGAGAUAACCAGUUCCUUGCCAGAAUGCAGCUUGCGGAAACCGUGGAAAGGGAUUCUGAAAGAAAAAGAAAAGUGAAGCAACUUUUUGGUAGUCUUGCUGAGCAAGAGGGAAAUUGGAAGGCAAUGAAGAAAAAGAAGUUCUAAACUUGUUGACUAUGUUGUACAGAAGAGAAAGGGGGAUAUGUAUAUUUUUCAUAUUGCUUGGGCAGCAGUAAUAUAACUUUGCUUGGGUUUAACAAAUGAAAUGCAGUCUUACACCAACUGAACAAUGUGGAAUAAAUUAUGUUUGAAAUAAAA